AUGGAACCACCGACCAAGAAGAACACCGUGUCCGAGUUUAGCUACAUGCUGCAACGGCAGGGCAGCGACGAUUCGGCUGAAGUGAACGCUUUCGAUGACAUCAACUCCUUGGUGAAGCGAGAAGCGAACCAGGGCAAAACAACGGAAGCCUUAUCAUCGCUGCCGCAAGCUUCCUUCAACUACAUCAACUCCAUCGUCGGCAGCGGCGUCAUCGGCAUCCCGUACGCGCUCCAUCGGGCCGGUUUUGGGCUCGGUCUGUUUCUGCUGGUGAUUGUCGCCACCAUAACGGACUACUCGCUGAUUUUGAUGGUUCGCUGCGGCCACUUGAGCGGCAGAUUCAGCUACCCAGGCGUGAUGGAGGCGGCGUACGGCAAGGGCGGCUACUAUCUGCUAUCGCUGCUGCAAUUUAUGUACCCCUUUUUAGCUAUGAUAUCGUACAAUGUCGUCGUCGGGGACACGCUGUCGAAGGUCCUGGUGCGCUUCGUGCCAUCCUGGGGCAGCUCGAUGGGUAUGGUCCGGUUCGGUGUGGUGCUCGUCGUCACGGUGUUCGUCGUGAUACCGCUCUGCCUGUACAAGAACGUGUCCCGGCUGGCAAAGGCCAGCUUUCUCAGCCUCGCCUGCGUGGUGCUCAUCCUGAUGGCCGUCGUUUACAGGCUCCUAUCGGGCGAUUACGGUGUCGUCCCAGACACACCAGAAUCGUGGCGAUUCGCCCACAGCGAUUUGAUUCCGGCCGUCGGCAUCAUGGCGUUCGCAUUCAUGUGCCACCACAACACGUUCCUCGUGUACCAGUCGAUGCAGAACGCCACCAUGGAGCGCUGGGAAAAGGUGACACACAUCUCCGUGGGGUUUGCGUGGCUGGUGGCAGCUUUCUUCGGUAUUGCCGGUUACUGCACGUUUCGGGCACUGUCACAGGGUGACCUGCUGGAAAACUACUGCUGGGACGAUGACCUGAUGAACUUUGCGCGCGUGUUGUUCUCGGUCUCGAUUUUGCUCACGUUUCCCAUCGAGUGUUUUGUAUCGCGCGAGAUCGUACGCACGCAAAUUCGGCGGUUUUAUUCACACGAGGUCGUCGAGUAUGAUACGGACAAGGACCCAAGCCAUGUGACCGGUGAGGAGGACGACCGCAAGUCGAUGAUCACCACGCUUGUCAUCGUGUUUUCCGCGUUCAUUAUAUCGCCCUACACCGAAUGUCUCGGGCCGGUGCUGGAGCUCAAUGGACUGUUGGCGGCGAUUCCACUGGCGUAUGUCCUGCCUGGGCUGGCUUACAUCCAGCUGAGUCCACACUCACUGUUCAGUCAAGAGAAACUGCCCGCGGCUGGAUUGGUGCUGUUUGGAACGAUCGUAACCAUCUCGGGUGCGGCUAUCCUGAUGCCGAACCUGAUCGGAGACUGCCGAACAGGCAUCAUCAUGGGCUACUGUAAGGACGACGAGCUGGCCAUUAACGGGACGACACUGGUAGCCUCCACGAUGGAGCCAAACUGCGCGACGGACAAGAUUUAA